AUGAAUAGGCCUUACAAGUGCCCACUGUGCCAUAAAACGUACACUCAGAGGUCCACCUUAACGAAGCAUCUCAGGACACACACCGGGCACAGGCCUUAUCCAUGUACCGUCUGCGGCAAGUCCUUCAUUCAGAACUCGGACCUGGUGAAACACCAUCGUACCCACACAGGGGAAAAACCUUACAGUUGCGCUCGUUGCGGAAAGUCUUUCAGGCAUCGGACGUCAUUUGUUCGGCACCAACAGGUGCACUCGAGGCAGAGAUCCUUCCAGUGUCCGCAGUGUGAGAAGGCCUUUAUCCAGAACUCUGACCUGAAGAAGCAUAUGUGGACCCACUCUGGAGAGCGGCCUUUCCGGUGCCAGGAGUGCCACAAAGGCUUCAUUCAGAGGUCAGACCUGGUGAAACAUCUUCGGACGCACACGGGGGAACGUCCCUAUCGGUGCGCGCUUUGCCAGAAGACCUUCACCGAAAGGUCGGCUUUAUCCAAACACCAGAAGGUCCAUAGCAAAGAUAAACCCUACAAGUGUACGGAGUGCGGGAAAGGUUUCACUCAAAGGUCGACUCUAAUAUUACAUCAGAGGAGCCACAACGGAGAGCGGCCAUUUAUGUGUCUUCAGUGCAAUCAGCGCUUCAUACAGAAGUCGGACCUUCUGAAACACCAGAGAACUCACGAUGGACAGAGCCCUUACUCGUGCCAGCACUGUGAUAAGACCUUCACAGAGAGGUCAGCUAUAAUUAAACACAUCAGAUGCCACACGGGGGAAAGGGCGUUCCAGUGCAACAUCUGCGACAAAGCCUUCAUCCAUCGGUCUUCCUUAAACAAGCACAUGAGGACUCACUUGGUGCAAAAACCUUAUUCCUGUGACCAGUGCAGUAAAAGCUUCAUCCAAAACUCCGACUUGGUCAAACACCAAAGAAUUCACAGCGGAGAGAAACCUUAUCACUGCCCGGAAUGUAAUAAAAGCUUCUUUCAGACUUCCGAUUUGGUGAAACAUCUUCGAACCCACACGGGGGUUCGGCCAUACCAAUGUACGGAGUGUAACAAGGGUUUCAUCCAGAGGUCGGACCUGGUGAAGCACCAAAGGAUUCACUCCGGUGAAAAGCCUUUCCAUUGUCCUGAAUGUUACAAGAGCUUUACCGAGGCGUCCUCGUUGGCCAAACACCGGAGGAUCCACAACAGAGUUCAGCCCUUUUCGUGCAGCGAGUGCGGAAAGGGCUUUAGCUGCAGCUCAAACCUUCAUAGACACUUACGUAUUCAUACAGGGGAACGCCCUUACGUCUGUAACGUGUGCGAAAAAGGCUUCAUCCAGAAGUCGGAUCUCGUAAAACAUUAUCGCACGCACACGGGCGAACGCCCGUAUAGCUGCAGUGUCUGCGGUAGAAGCUUCAUUGAGAAGUCCAGCUUGGCUAAACACCAAGCCACUCACAGAGCACAGCAGCCGCAUACUUGUACCGUAUGCGGGAAGGUGGUCAGUCAGCGGUCAGCUCUGGUCAAACACAUGCGAUCGCACACCGGCGACAAGCCUUACCGCUGCCCCAUCUGUCAGAAGGGGUUCAUCCAGAACUCCGACCUGGCGAAGCACAUCAGAACCCACACGGGCGAAAAAACCCUACAAAUGUGA